AUGACAUCAUCGAAACGUAAAGUUGAAGUGCACGAACAAUUCCCAAGCACAACCUCGCAGUGUGCAAUUGAAGCCGGAAGUGUUCAUAUCGAGAAUGCAACAUUUGUGGAUGUGAAGAAGGUAGCUAAUGAAGGCAACAUGUGGAUGCAAGCUGAAUCGCCUACUGCAACUACAGAACUGCAAACUGCUGGACAAAUGAGAAGGAAAAAGAUGAGAGGUGGAAGUGCGAUAGAAGCUGUUGCAAAGGCGUUGAUGAAACGAACUGAAAAUGAAAUGAAAAUUUCCGCCAGAGGCAAUAAUACUUGUAAGGUGAAUGAAGAAUUCGGUACGGUGGCAGUUGGAAACGGAUCGGGUCGAAAUAAACGGAAGACAAAUUACAUUAGGCGUAUUAUCCAAAACGACAUCGAGCAAAGUGGGAGUAAAACGGAAAAUACUGUGCAACUAUUCUUUCAUGAAACCGAAGAAGAGCCUGUUGAUUUAAGUAACAGAAAUGGACAAGGUAAUCUAUUGGACAAGCAGCCUGAUCAGGUGAUAUCAGGUGAACAGCAUUGUAAGGAAAGGUCCAGGAAACGAAACGCUUCAUCAAGUGUUAAACGAAAGCGUACCGAAUCAAAAUCAACAAACUACGACAAUAGACCAUUCUCGACAUUUACACCAGCCGAGCAAAAAAAACUUUGGCACAAUUCUUCAUUUAUUUAUGAAGGAUCCACAUUUUCAAGUUAUGAGCAAUUCCAAGAAUGUUUUGAAGCUUACAAGAGGACAGGGAAUUAUCCGUAUAGAACAGCUAGUUCCGAGAUUCUCCGGGAUGGCGAAGGACGAAUGAUCGAUCGCUUUAAAUAUAAGUAUGUAGUGUUUCACUGUGCACAUUAUGGUAUUCCACGUAGAAGAGGUAUCGGUCAACGUCCAAAUCGAAGUUAUCUUUCAUUGGGUUGCAAAGCCAGAUUUCGUUUGAAUGCUGACACAACAAAUGGUUGUCUUCGAAUUUCAUCAUUUCACGGAGAGCACAAUCAUGACAAUACUGAAGAAGACUACUUACGUGUCAUAAACAAAAGAAGACGAAACGUAACUGGCGAAACAACAUUGGGAUAUGAAUACAUUGGAGAAACAGCACCAGAUGUAAAUGAACAUACAAAUGCUCGCGAAGUUACGGAAAACAAUUUUGCCCCUUUCAUUUUAACCUCAGAAAAUCAUCUCACUAUUGCUAAUUCAUCCCAAGAAAACUCCACUUUGGUUGUUUCAUCCUCAGGAAAUUCCGCUCUUCAUGUUUCAUCACAAGAAAACUCAACAUUUGUGCCAGUUACUCGUUCCGCAGAAAUGACAGAACAGGAUGAUGAAAUACAGCAAAUGUCACAACAGAAUUUACUACCGAUAGGUUCUGUUCUGAGGCAAAUAUUCGCAGCUCAGUUAUUGGAUCGAUUUCAACGCAUAGAAUAUUUGAUUAUGAACGCUUAUAUCAUUAACUGUGGACGAUGUCUGCCACAGAAAGUGUACUUACCGUUUGUCUUUGGAGUAUAUGGCGCUGAUUAUCGCUUAUUAGAAUGGUCGGACGUGCAACUACGAGAUGUUAUGAUCGUACUUCUACAACCACCAGAGAUACUGCUUCAAGGAAAAUUACCAAACGAUAUUUCAAUAAAUGAAGUAAAAUGGGUUCGACCACCACGUAUUCAGCGUGCGAUUGCGGCUAUUAGAGAGGAAAAACUGAAGAGAUGUGACAAAAUUUUUGCGCCACUUGUCCAGGAUAUUUUUAAUGCCACCUCUCGACAUGACUUCUUAAUGGCUGUUCGAGAAUUCAAAAAGUUUGUUGAUGAUGUAAGAAAUAUGAGUGUCGACAAUAUUAAUUAA